AUGUCGACGGUAAUUGGACCUUGCGCAGUUUGCGCUCUACCUGCCACUGGACAUCAUUAUAAUGUGAGCUGGAAUCGGGAAAGCUUCUGAAUUGUGUGCCACGGCUCUAGAAGUUAUAUUUUUUGAGAUUAUAGAAACUUUGCCACGUGGCUUUCCGGCUCAAUAAUUUGAACUUGAAUUUCAAGAUUGGAAAUAUCGAUUUUUGCCACGUGGAUUCUCAAGUUACAGAAAAAUUGCCACGUGGAUAUUAGGCCCAAAAUUUGAAUGUUUGUAACGUGGAUUCAAGGCUCUAGAAAUUCUCAUUUUUCAAUUCAUAGAAAAUUUUGCCAGCUCAAAAGCUCAGCUCAAAAAUUUGAGAUUGAAUUUCAAGCUUGAAAAUUUCGAUUUUCGCCACGUAGAUUCAAGGCCCACCUUCACGAGUUACAAAAAAUGUUGCCACGUGGAUUCUGAGUUUGAAAUUCGUGAUUUUUGCCACGUGGAUUCAAGACUCUAGAAGUUUCAAUUUUUUGAAAUUAAAAAAAUUUGCCACGUGGAUUUUCAGCUCAAAAAUUUGAAAUAGAAUUUCAAGCUUGAAAAUUCUGAUUUUUGCCACCUGGAUUCUCAAGUUACAAAAAUUUUGCCACGUGGAUUCAGAGCUUGAAAUUUCCGAUUUUUUCCACGUGGAUUUUGUUAGGUCCAGAAGUUCCAAUUUCCUUAAUUUCAAACAUCAAACUUUAAUUUUUAGAGCAAAAAUCUUUGACCAACGAACUCAAACUAAAAAUCGUCACGAGACGGAGAGAUUUUGGAGCAUUGAAACAAAAUCCACACAAACUCUAAAUUGUUUCAGGUCCCCGCCUGCCACGGUUGCAAAUCCUUCUUCCGCCGUUCAACUUUGGACAACUUGCAAUAUCCGGGUUGUCGUUUGGGUGAAAAAUGUUUCGAUGGUGUAGGUCAAGGUGAACGUCCGAAGCGUUGCAAAUCGUGUCGAUUGAAAAAAUGUUGGGAGGUCGGAAUGAUACCGCAAGUUCGAGAACUUCGGGGAAAUGAGGAGAAGAAUCCGGAAAUGGCGGUGGUUCGGUUGCCGGAUGUUAAGGUGAGUUGGUGUAACUUGGGGAGCUAUUUGGACCACCAGAAUUUUCUAUGUAGCUCAUCGAAAAAACGCGUCAAAUCACGCAAACCCUUCAAAACCUUCUGCACCUCGAUCAAAAACUCAUUCAACUUCGCGCAAGCGCCUACAAUCCCGUGAGAUUUCCAACAAUCAACGAGAUAAUGCUUCAACCUGUCGUGUUUCAUUUAUCCGACAAAUUCGAGCCGAUGCCAGGUUGGCCGAUAAGCGAACAACAAUUUAUGCAACAACAAAAAUUGCUCACCGAAAUCACGUUUGCCUAUGAGGACGGCUGGCAAACUUUGGAACCCGGAAGUGUUCAUGAUCCAAAUCUAGUUAACACGUGGGUUUUGGGGGGAAUUAGGCUAACUUGACGGGAAGUUAGGCUAACUUCAAGGUUUCCCCUUUUUCCAGCAAAGAUUGGAUGGCAUUCGAUUGGCUUCUCGCAGCAAACUACGUCAAAACCUUCCCAUUCUACCAUACUUUCAUCGAAAGUGACAAGCGCGCUCUAAUUCGCGGAACCAUUGUCUCCCUGGCGAGUUUGACCCUUCUCUUCAUCUCGUAUCAAAAUAAACAGGCCGAUUUGCAAUUUCCCGAUGGAACUUGUUUCAGUGGUAACAAUUUGUGAGUCUGAUCAAUUUUCUCCAAGAAAAAAAAACAAUAAAAUUUUGUUUUUUUGAAGAAAAGAGAUAAUGGAAUUCGUUUUGGCAGUGGAACUCGAUGAGAAUUUUCUGGCAAUGUUCCACAAAAACACAAAAUUCAACGCGAUCGAGCCGUUGAUUCGAUAUAAUGUGACGACUGAGGAAUAUGUGUUUGUCAAGGCGUUGGUGGUUUGUAAUCCAGGUGAGAAGAGCAUUGCUCAUGUUAUACUAUAUGAUGAGUAAUGCCUGAAGAUUCUAAGAUUGCUCAUUUUAGACUAUAGAACAGGAAGCAAAAUUCAAAAAAAAAAAUUGAAUUUUUUUUCAAAAAAGUUCGCCUCGAAUCGGGAUCGAACCCAAGACCUAAAAAUCCACAGGCGUGAGUGUUUACCACUCGGCCACGCGCUCCUGUUUUUCUUCCCCGCAAAUGUUUGAUAUAUGAAACGAGGAAAUGGUGCAUUUUCGAUGGCGCAAAAGAACUAACAUGAGCAAUCAUCUAAUAAGCACAAUUCCAGCCCUCGAUCUCACCGACGCUGCUCGUGAAUGUGUGCAAAAAUACCAAAACAUCUACGGCCUGGCUCUUCUCCAAAUCUGCCUAAUCAAUCAUGGCAAACGCGAUGGUCCGGCUAGAUUCGGAUCACUUUUGAGCUACGUGAUGGCAAUGAUCAGAUAUCAGGGUGGAUUCAUCGAACUGUUGGUGAAUUUGAGAAUGUGUGCGAGGAAUCGGAUUGGUGUUUCGAGGAAGAUGUUGGAGGAUGAUAUCUUUUUUGAUAAAUAUGCCGAGUUGCACUAA